GGUCAAAAGCUUUGGCGAACACAAGCAAAAGAGGAAGGAGCUUCGAGAAAUUCAAUCUAUAGAUCAGGAAACAAAGGCGGAGGGCAAGAGAGAGCGCAUGCGCCGUCUCGUUCCAAUUGCGCCGGGACAGCCAAUCAGAGCAGGCAGCGGAGACUUUCGAACAAGCGGGAAGCGAAGCUGUGGUGGGCAGCGAGCAAGUUGAAAACAGUGGCCGGGAGCUAACGGCCGCGGCGUCCCCGCGUUUCCCUGAAGUGAAGAAAGAGGCUCCUGGAGGAAGAAAACGAGCCGGCUAAGGGUGCUUAGUCGGGUUCGAUUCCCGGUGAAAUAUGGCUAGAGAAAGAUGUUUGAAAAAGUCAUUUAAGGACAGUUUGGAGGAUAUAAAAGAACGAAUGAAAGAAAAGAGAAAUAAAAAAUGGGCAAGGCUGGGUAAAGCAAACCAGGUUUUACCUAUUAAGAGUAAAAUUGUAGAUAAUUCGUCGGCACAGCUGAAAAGUUUCCAAGCAAAUAAUCAUGCUUUGGCUUUGGCUUUAGAAGAAGAGAAGAGUAAAAUGAGGGAAGCACAAGAUAUUAUACUGCAUUUAAAGAAAGAAUAUCAAAGCUUGAAGUUUCAGGUUUAUGUCCUACAAAGAAGGCUUAAAUUACAGCAAGAAAAAGAACGUGCUGAGAAUAGAUUCAUGAUAGUGAAGAAGAUUAUUUCCAAAGUUGUUCAAGACCUACUCAAUGCAGCAAAUAUUCUUGAUCCCAUAAAUGAUGUCUCCACUGCUGAUUUUGAUACAAUUCAGUAUACCUCUGAACUUGAGGAAUGUGCUCCUGGAAGUUUAAAAAAACAUGAUUUUUUGACACUUCUAAGACACGUUCUUGCUGUAGAAGUAAGUAAAGAAGAUAAAGAUGAAAUGCAAGAUAAAGUGAAUAGAACUGACUCAGAUUCUAUAUCAAAUUUCUAUGACAGCACUGAGAAUAUACCUCCAGCAUCUCAGACAGAUACAGGUUGCCAGAAUUAUUCUUGUGAAGAUCAUCUAGACUCUGGAAGCGGAAUUAUUUCAGUUGAUGAAGACAGGCAAAUUGGUUAUUCUGUACCUAGAAAUGUGUCUACCCGUCGUCGUUAUUUAAGAAUUAAUCCCCCAAAUGAACUCUUUGUAUCAGAUGUUGGCAUUCCAGAGUUCAGUGCUGAUCUUGGCAAAGAAGACAAAACUUUGUCUAAGACAAGGAACAAUAAUGAAAAAUGUGAUGAAAUAUCUAUUAGUCAGGAGGACAAGCAUGGCAUAAACACAGAUAAAAGAGAAUCAGAUAUGCAAAUUGAAUCAAAUGCCACAGCCUUUUUAGAACAAAGUAAUUUCAGUAAUAUUGGUGGCUUGAAGACUCAGAAAGAGAAGGGUCAGAAGAGAAAAUUGGUAACCACAAGAAAUGUGCACAGGGUAAGUUCCAAAAAAGGCAAACACGGCAAUAAGCAGACUGGUUCUAAACAAAAAGCAGAUACAUACAUUAGUUCCAAUGAUGCUUAUGAUUUUGUAUGUGAGGAGUCUGUUCAUAGAACACCUUUCCGGCAAAACAAACAAAAUGAACAUGUUGAGGAUGGACAUUAUACAGAAGAAGCAGAAAUCUGUAGUGGUGAAUCAUCUGUUUCAGAAGAGGAUCCUAAUGACAGUCUCUAUGUGCCUUACUCAAAAAAAUCAAAAUCCAAGGAAACUUUAAACACUGGAACAGAUGUAAUCCCAGUAUGCACAAGGCCACGAUCAAAGAGAAUUAUGUGUGAGCAACAUGAUAGAAAUGCUGAGGGGAAACUAAGGAAUACCAGAACACCUGAAUCUCAUCUGGAUGAACCACGUGAGGCACUUCAAAAACAUCACCAUCUCAGUGAUAUUACCAAUGUUGUAUCAACUUCUUACCAAACAAGAAUUUCUCACCCAGCCUUCAGUACUGCAGUAAAAGAUACUUCUCACCAAAGACGUAGAAGUACUAGUUAUGUGAGUUAUAAGGAGCCAAGUCUCAGCGGGAAACUCAGAAGAGGAGACCCUUUUACAGAUACUAGCUUCCUGGAUUCUCCCAUUUUCAAAGAGAAAAAGGGCACCAAAUCCAAAUCUCUUAAUAAAAAGUUGCUGUCCAGAUACAAUGAAGCAUUUGUUGGUUGUCAUUAAGAAACUUUUUAUUGGAGCACAUUUAGCUUGUCAUUUUUAUUACGCUGAAAAAGUAUAUUAACCAAAAUUCUGAAGGUGAAAUUUUUGUAUAUGAUUUUCUAGUUUAGAUUUAUGAAUACUUUGAUAAUAUUUCACAACACACAUACAUUGCCUUCCUGUUUAAUUUAUAGAUAUAUUUAGAUAGUUGUAAAUAACCUAUUAUCAUUUUAGUGGGAGUUACUUUUCCCUCCUGAACACAAGAAAAUAAUUGGUUUGAAAUGCAGAUUAUUAUUUACUUGGUAUCAGAUGCAGCUAAUUUUAAAAGUAGAGCCUUUCAUUAAAAAUAAAGUUAAACUUUGUAGUUGUCUUCUGAACUAUUAUUUACUUAUGUGGCAUUUAUAGUAAAAUGUUUAAUAACUUUGAUUUGGCUUAAUUAGCAAUUCUAACAGUGUUUUCAACCUCCAUUUUCUUGCAAUUGUUCUAAUAUUUUAUAAAUAAUCUCAAUCUGUAGUCUUGUACAUAUUUAGAAAUAAACACCAGUGAACUCUGUAGGGGUUCUGGGUAAAUAUGGUUUACUUAUUUGGCUUAUAUUUCACAGCUGUCCAACUUCCAUAUUGUGAGAUAGCCUUUUGUGAUGCAUCUCAAGUUAUAUGCCAGUAUUUUUAUUCACAGUUACUUUAAAGCAACUAUCAGUCUUCUGAUGGCACUUGCAGCAAAAAGAAUGAAAAGCAGGAACCUUUGUGAACUCUAAUUUUAUUACAAGAACUUUAACUAAAAGUUACAUCCUAAAUUGCUUUUUCCUUUUUUUGUGUGUCUUUAGAUUGCAAGCCUAUGGUAUCAAUUGUUUAACUAGUUUUUCUGAGAUGUUUUACGGGAGAAUGUGAAAAUCAUAAAUAAAUAAUGUGUUCUGAUUUUAUUUGAAAACUCAUAUUAAUCCACAGGAAAAGUAGAACAUGCAAUUCCAUAGGAUUUGCUAUUGCACAGUGAGUUCCGGUUCUUAUUACCUGAAUGUGCCAUAGCACACUUAUAUUCCACUUCAUGAAAUGAGAGGUGCUCACAAACAAUGAGUAUGUCUGGUAUUUUUAUAUGCAAAUUACAAAAUAGCACACAAGAUCAAUAUUAUACAUAUAAUUUAAAACCAUUUUAUACCAGUACAAUAAAUAAUUUUACAAAUGUAAAAUUUCAGUUAAAGUAUUUAAAACACGUACUGUAUAUAACUUUAUUGCACAAUAUCUAUGAAAAUAAUCUUUAAAUUAGAAACCAAAAUGUUCUCAAUAUAGAAGAGACUCUAAUUUCAAGACAAUAAGAAUCUUUGAAAAUAACACUUUCACAGGAUAUCAAGCUUUAGAGGUGAUUCUGUUGGCCCAGUUUACAAAAUACUUGAAAAUUACUAUUUAAAUAUUCUAAAACAAAGUUGCAUCAUUGUACCUUAAAUACAAAGCCCAUUCUGAUUUAUAUAAAGCACUAAGGCAUUUCUAUAUUACCAUUUUGUCUAUUUUGUACCAUUUCCUUCUAGGAAGGCUCAUCUAAUCAGAAUAAACAUUACUACAGGCAUUGUGCCAAAAACUCCUCCUUUUGUAAUGUACUUUACUUUCUACAACAGUUUACUAGUGAAAUAUUUCAGCAUUAACAGACAAUAUGAGACUUCAGUAAAUUUUCAAUAUAUAUACUAGGGAUAUCUUACUUUCCCCUCCAGUGUUGUGAGAUACACUGUAGAAACUGAGUGGUUAAUGAGUAUGGCUUCCCUAAAAACUAAUCACAUCAAAUGAAGUUUAUUUCUUACAUAUAAUGUAGGAAACAGCUCAAAAAUAUGUGGGAUUAAUAAUAAAAUUCUAGGAACUUUUUUGUUAGAGUUUUAAUAAAAAAAAGACUAGUAUAGUAUCAGUCCGUGUGGAAGUUAAUACAUGUUAACAAUGGGAGAAGAAUAUACUAAAAACUGCUUUUAUAAAAUUGUGUCACCUAUGGCCAAAUGCAAAGCAAGUUGUAGGUAACAUGGCAUUGGGCUGGAUGCAGUUGAGCUCUGAGCUGACCACUAAAAUCGGUGAACCUUGUUAGUUAUCACUUCAGGUUUCAGGGCAUAUAUUCUAAGUAUGUUUAAGUCUACUACCACUUUACAAUGUGCAAAUAGCUGUGAGAAAAACUUGGGUAUAUCAGCACCUGUUUAAGUGGGAAAGAUACUCCAUCUACAUUAAGAUUAGAUGUAGUUUCCUAUCAAUCAGGUACAAGUAGUCCUCGAGUUAGGACCAUUUGUUCAGCGACUGAAGUUAUGAUGGUGCUGGAAAAAUGGACUUACGACUGGUCCCUAAGUUAUGGCCACUGCAGCUCCCCCACGGUGACGUGAUUGAGAUCUGGGCACCUGGCAAUCCACACUUACAACCAACUGCUAAGCACCCUGUAUGAUCACAUGAUUGCCAUUUGCAACCUUCCCUGCCAGCUUCCCACAAGCAAAGUCAAUGGGGAAGCCGUCAGGGGAGGCUGCAAGUCAGUUGGGUAAGUCUCCCCCACCCACCUCGGCCUUUCUUUGCUCGCAUGCAUCACACCAUCCUCCCCCUUUGUUUGCAUGUGUGCACUGUGUCCACUCACGCACCUGGGCCUCUUUGUGCUGUGCUGCAGCUUGGGCUUUGCAGGAGAAAGGCUUUGCAAGAGGAAGGAGGAAGCCUCAUGAACGCACACCAGGAGCGCCCUUGGACAGCCCUUCCGUGUCUUUGGAGUGCUCCUUCAGCACUGGAAGUGCCCCUGAAGAUUCCUCAAGCGAGGGAAGGAAGGAGCUGGCACAUGCAAGCCAGCUAAGGGGGAAGGAUGGCACUGGUGCAUGCAAACAAAGUGAGGAGGGUGCUGGUGUGUGAGCAAACAAAGGGAAGGAGGGUGCAGUGUGUGUGAGUGAGCAAAGGGGGAAGGAGAGCCAAGAAGCCCCUGAGCUGCAGCAUGGCAAGCAGCACCUGAGCUGUGCAAUUCUGGGCUUGCUUGCUGCCCUGUAAAGCAGGGUGCAGGGCAGCCAAAAAGGCAGAGAUGGGGGGGAGAUAGGUGGGUGGGAGGAGUUGGAGGCAGUCCCUUACCUUACUGAGUCUCAAGGCCUGGAGGGACCAAGCCUGGAAUGGCUUGGAUUGGGGUGGGUCCUUGGUUAACUGGUGGAAUUUGCUAAACAGCAGCAAUGGGGAGCCCCGGGACUGCCAUCGCUAAGCAAUGCACUCAUGUUACAUCUUGCUUUACGAUCACAUGGCUUAGUGAUGGAAAUUCCAGGCCCAAUGAUGGUCGUAAGUCGAGGACUACCUGUACUACUGAACACAGUGUGCAGUUAAAUGCACAUUCUUCACGGAUGUAUGCUUUAGGUGUAUGUGCAUCAAUUAACAUGCAAUAUACUCAGGGCUAAGCCCUGUAUGAAAAUCCAAUCUCUUGUCCAUUCCACCCAUUAAUGCAGCACCUAUUGUACUUUUGAGGGCAAAAUGGCUUUCAUGCAUAAAGGUCCGUACAAAUCUAUAAAGACAAAGCUAUUGCUAGAUUGGGUUCAAUAGUAGAAAUAGUAUUGUUUUAAAUUUAUUGACUCUACCAAAAGACUAAGCAACAGUUUGGAGCUAGCACAGACUUUGAGGUCCUUUUCAGAACUUGACCUAAGUCAGAAUGAUGCUACAUUUUCUUGAAAUGCAAAUAUUAAGAACCAAAUUCAUAGAGGAAUUUUAACUUGCACCUAAUAAGGGAAUUCCAUUUUUAUAGCUUAAAGUAAUUCUUUCUCUCUCAUAGCACCUUCUUCUUAG